ACUUGGUGUGGAGGAGGGCUGCACAUCCAUCAUCAGAGAGCCAAUUCCACCAAACUCUCUUGGCCCUCCUAUCCCUUCGCUCGGCACCAAACUUAAGACCUUCUUCAUGGUGCCAGGAGAAGAUCAGAAGAACUUCCCCUUGCUCAUGUUGACUAUCCUGGCUGUGCUACAUCCUUUUCUUUCCAUUCUGGCUGCCCAGUCGUUUCCAAGAGGUUUGCUAAUCCCUGCAACUUCUUGACAAGUGGAUUAGCAACAGAGGCAUUUUGUGAGUCAUUGCACAACAAGACUGAUGUAGAAGGAGCUGCGCUUUCCACCCCAGAAGAAUGGAGGCCCCGCUCAGCCCUGUGAGCAGCAAAUCCCAAGAUCUAAACAAGCCAGCCGAGGAGAACAAGUCCCAAGAUCUAAACCAGCAAGCGGAGGACAACAAAACUCAAAAUCUAAGUGAACACACCGAGGACAACAAAUCCCAAGAUAUAAUUGAGCAUGGGGAAGAUGACAUCAAAUCCCUGAAUGACCGGAGCGAAGGUGGCAGCAAAUCCCCAAACCCAAAUGAUCUGAGUGAAAACGACAGCAAGUCCCAAGACCCAAAUGAUCACAGCGAAGGCAAACCCCAAGACCUCACUGAGCUGUCCGAAGACAGUAAAUCUCAAGAUCGGAAGGAUCAGAGCGAUGAGGAGCUUGUGACACCAUCCGGGACAUCGGAGCCGCAGUCCCAAGAUGGGAAGGAGAAUUCUCAGAAUCGCAGCUCUCUGUCCUGGGGAAAGACUGUGACAGAUGUGAAGGAUGAUCUUUCCAGCUCUCUUACUACGGAGCCGAGCACAGCUGCUCACCGCUCCUCGCGUGGCUUCGACAGCAAACUCAAAAUCUUAAAGCAGACAGAUUGGGACGAGCUGCAGAGUUCGCAGGACGAAGAGCUUCCUUUCUCCUUAUGGAAGACUGAGGAUGAAUGGAGGGAUCACAUACCUAGCCAGCACACUGUAGAAUGCAAGCUUUCCUACCACAACCACUGCUGCUUCAGCGCAACUGAGCAGAUGAUCAGGCACAGCCCCGUGAACCCUACAAAAGGACCGUGUUACCAAGGCUUCUUUCUGAAAAAGCGGCGUGCAAAGAUCAAAAGAUGUAAGGUCUCCUCCUCAGCCGAGAGGAUGCAAAAGGCUGGCAGGAAGGAGGUGAAAGAGAGCAAGAUAUUCAGCAAAACUCAGCCACCAAGGACCACUUCACCCAGUUUAAGGAGGAGCAAAGUUUUGUACAAUCUCUACACGACCUUCUGUGAUGAGGGAGAGCUGUUUGACACAUGUCUUGCUCCAGGAGCAAGAGGACUCUCCAGGGCCUGCUCCAUUUUUGGUGCCAUCAAAAAGGGGAAGAUUAACAUCAGCAACCUCCUCCUUAGUUUGCAUACGCUGGGAAUCCUGUUGACCAAAUCCGAGAUGUACCAAGCUCUCAAGUUCAUUCCGAUGGAUGUGCAUGGGAAUCUGGAUUUUGCUGACUUCCUGGACAUUUUGAAGACCACCCCAUCCUUCACAGAAAGAGAGGCUCUCAAGAAUGCUCUGUUCAUUUUCAAAAACAUUAGGAAAGACAUGGUGGCCAUUGAUGACUUAGAGACCAUUUUGGCUUGCCUGGGGGUCACUCUGAGCCCCAAGGUUAUACAACAUGCAGUGGGAUCCGUCCGAGUUACCUGGGAUGGGAAAAUAAACAUCUCAGAAUUCCUGUCACUUGUGAGAGGACCACCAGUUUGCCAUAAAGGACUAGAUGAAAGCUCUACUUGGGGGUCUUCCCGGGGCUUUUCCAGUAAUACGGAUGAUUCAGAGACCCAAUGGAGAAUGCUGCCUGCUCACCAGCCUCUCUUCUAUAAUCCUGAUUACGACGCCGCUCUUGCCCGGCUACGGAAGAGGAAAACCAAAUCCCAGAAGCCUGCUGAGGCUGAGCAGACCAAACCCAGUACUGCAAUUCCUGAAAGCCGUGUGGAAGAGAAGACCAUUGAGUGGCCAAAAGUCCGACGAAGCUUUGGCUAUACAAGUCAGGACACUCUGUUUCCUCUAUCCUCCACCUUAUCCUUGAAAGAAGAUGCCAGGAUUUCCGCCCAGAAGGCAAGAAAGGUGUCGUUGAGCGCAAGCCAAGAAGAGGACGUUUCUUUCUCAGUGAUCAACUAUGACGCAAUCCAGAAGCAAAAGAAGAAGAAGAGACUGUCCUUCAACAAGGAUCUUCCAAGGAGGUAUGACUUUGAAGAGACCUUCCAGACAUCGGAUUCCGAAAGUGAAGGCAAACUGUCAGAAGCAGUAUCCGACCAGCAAGCUUUGCAGAAUGCCUUUGAUAUCCUCAACACGCUUGCAGAAGAUUACAUGAAAGGCAAUGAACUGCACUCCACUUUUCACAAAAUGGGAGUGAGUGUGAAUGAGAAAGAGUUCCAGGAUGUGCUGCAGAAGGCGGGUUUGGCAAGAGAUGGGAUGGUGAACUUCUCCAACUUCGUGUCUGCCUUGGGGAAAACAAGCCGCAUCACUGAAUUCGCAAUGUUAAAAGGUGCCAUUCAAGCAAUCGACAAGAUUGAAGAAGGCAAGGUGGCGGUGCACGACCUCCCGGCCUUUGCGAGAUGCAUGGGCGUCCACCUGUCCGACCACGAUUUCAAGCGAGCUCUGAAACACGUAUCUGUGGAUGGUGAUGGAAAGGUAGUUGUGAAAGACUUCAUGAAAGUCUUUACCAACACUCCACACUUCUCUGAUCUGACAGUGCUGAAGGGCAUCAUCAAAGCCGUCGAGACCCUUCAGGAAAGCAGAAUCUCGCUGGACGAACUCAAUCCCACCCUCAAGAGCAUGGGCAUUCGCUUAAACCCACACGAGUAUGAACAGCUAAUCACGAGGACAUCUUCUGACAAAACUGGGAAAAUUGAUAUUGGGCAAGUCUUGAAGAAGAUAUCCAAAUUGCGACGCUUCACAGAAAUGGAAGUUCUGAACAAUGCCAUCAAGACUUUUAGCCAGUUCAAGGAUGAGAAAGUGAAGGUGUCGGAUGUGGAGGCCUGCUUCAGAACCAUCGGGGUCCAUUUAACUAGACCAGAACUAAAGCAAGCCAUAAAUUCUGUGGUAGUUUCCGCUGAUGGGACUGUGGUUGUCAAGGAACUGACUGCAGCAAUGAAGUCAACCAGGCGGUUUGCAAAUUUUUCAGGCGUCAUGGAGAACAUCUGUGCUCUCAAGUUAAUAAAAGAGCACAGCGUGGGGGAGUCGCCGGCUGUGGAGGGCACCACCAGCCGCUUGGGCCUGCGCAUGGCUAACAGGUUGAUUGCUCAGGUGCUGAAGUCGGUACGUAUGACGGAAGCUGGGCAGCCACAUUUCAUUAAUUUCUUGAGGGUUUUGACGAGGAGUGAUCAACUCAGAACAGCGGCAGCCUUGACAGAUGGUUUUGAAUCCCUUGCCAAGGUGGAAAAUGGGAAGAUAGGCAUGGAAGGAUUGCAGGUGGUCCUGAACAGCUUCAACAUCUUCUUGUCCCCCAAAGAGGCAUCGGACGCAUUGGCCCUUUGCAAUGUUGAUGGCAAAAAGACUGUGAAUCUGAAGGACUUCUUCAAAGGAACAACCUAUACUGCAACUUUUAUUACUCAUCCAGAACUUCAACUCACCUGUAUGGCUCUGAACAAGCUCAAGGGCAACCAUUUUAAUCUCCAUGCUCUUGAGUCCACCCUGAAGACCCUGGAUCUCCCAGAGGCCAAUGAAUUACUGCAGGAAGUGAUGAAGACAGCCAAAGCCGACAGUCGCGGCAGGGUGAAUUUCAGAGAAUUCAUGAGGGUUUAUACGCUCUUACCAGAACUCCUGGAAGCAACGGUGCUGACGAAUACUAUGAACGCCAUGAGUAAUAUCAGAGGCGACCAAGUCCAGGUGGAUGACCUGCCCAAAACCUUGGCCAAUGUGGGCAUCAAAUUGACACCAGAGGAACUCCAGCAGCUGGUGCACUCAGUUCCAGUCACAGGUGACGGGACUGUAGGCUUUGAUGAGAUUAUUAGGAGUAUAACUGGUACGCAGUCUAUCUCAGAAUUUGAUGCUUUAAAGAAGGCUUUUGACACAAUCAGCGAGCUCUGCAAACAGAAGAUCAAGAAGGAAGAGUUGCCAGUUGCCCUGGAAAUCCUGGGUAUCCGACUAUCAGCCGAGGAACUUCAGCUAGCUCUGACAUCUGUCUCCAUUGAUGGUUCAGGGAGACUGGAUGGGAUUGAAUUCCUGAAGGUUUGGUUCAAUUCCCCACACUUUUUUGAAUUCAUAGCGCUGCGGGAUGCCAUGAAGCAUGUUGAAAGCAUCAGAAACAAGAAGAUGACAGUUCAGCAGCUGGAGGGAAGUCUGGGUGGCCUGGGACUGUACUUGCCCAAUAAAACUUUCAACGAUAUAGUCAAAUCAGUCAAAACUGACGAGAAUGAACAGAUCUAUUUCAAAGACUUUUUGUUAGGAUUGGGUGAAACGGAGGAUUUCACUGAACUGGAAGCCUUACAGCGCGCUGCCACCAUCAUCGACAUAGGGAACAAUGGCUGGAUGCAACCAAAGGAGCUGCAGUCCACUCUUGAUACUUUGGGCAUCUACUUGAAACAUGAAGAGUUCCAGGAAAUUGCAAAGGAGCUCAUGAAUGACGAAGGGAUUGUAAACGUCAAGGACUGCCUGAUAACUCUGUCCAAGAGGCAACGCUUCAAGGACUCUUUGGCACUUCAGUCUGCUGUUGUGAACUUCAGCAAGAUCAGAGGUGAGAAAGUUGACGUCAGAGACUUGGAGUCCAUUAUGGAAGGUCUGGGUAUUAACUUGAGCAACACUGAGUUCCAGAAUGCCUUAAAAGCCAUCCCUGUAGAUGAAUUCGGAAGGGUGACUUUCAAGGACUUCCUGACCAGCGUGGUGAACAAUGAGCGUUUCUCUGAAUCUGUAGCUGUACAUAACCUCUACAUGCUCAUUAGCAAAAUGGAUGGUGAUAAAGUCGAGGUUUCUCAGCUGAAAGACAUACUGGCUCCUAUGGGCAUCCUGUUAACCAAGGGCGACGCAAAGGAGGUGCUGAAGAGCAUGUCAGUCAAAAGGGAUGGUAUGGUGAAACUGAAAGAAUUUAUGAACGAAUUGCCCAAUACCCGGCGAUUCUCCACAGCUGUAGAGAUGGAAGGAGCUAUGAAAACAAUGAAUAGCAUCAAACAAGGCUGGGUGGACACUGGAGAGUUGGAUUCUAUCAUGCGCAGUAUGGGCCUCAAUUUACUUCCCGAUGAAAUCGAACAGGCAUUGAAAAACGUUACCCCAAACGAUCAUGGGAAAGUGAGUGUGGAACGUGUCUUGUCUGCGUUGACGAAGACUCGACGCUUUUCCCAAGCGGAAAGUAACAAGGUCCCCAUCGAAAACCUGGAUUCCAUUCUUGAAAGCAUGGGGAUUGUUUUAACCAAAGGCGGGAUGCAGGAGGUCCUCAAGCAAGUUAAAGUUGAUGAGGAUGGGAAAGUGAACCUCAAUGAAUUUAUGAAUAGCCUUAGUGAAAUGCAGCAGUCUCUUGAAGGUGACCAAGGGGAUAUGGUUGCUAUGGAAGAGGUAGAUUCCGUUUUGUCCAACUUAGGGAUCCACUUAACCAAAGAGCAACUCCAAGAAGCCUUGAAGUAUGUGACUGUGAAUGAAAAUGGGAAGGUGAACAUGAGUGAAUUGAUGGCGAGUGUAGUCAAGAACCAAGCUGAGGCGGAUCGAGUUCCUGUCGAUAACCUGAAUGCUAUUCUGGCCACCAUGAGCAUUCAGCUAACAGAAGAUGAGCUCCAAGAAGCUCUGAAAUCUACAACUGUGGAUGAUGAUGGCAAAGUUAACCUGAAUGAGUUCAUGGAGGGGGUGAAGAAUGUGCAGCUGAAAGCAGGGAUCGUGGCCGAGAGUGAUACCUUGAGUUCUACCUUGGAACAGAAAAGCAGCCUCCUUUCCGAAGAACAAGGGAAGAAAGAUUUAACAGGCAGCAGUACUGGUGCUGAUGACAGCCUGAGCUCGAAGGAAGCAGUGAAGGACGUCCAUCUGACGCAGCCAUCUCCCACGCAUGAAGGAGAAAUGGUGGACGUUCAGGACCUAGGCAACGUUCUGGCCAUUGAAGGCAUCCAACUCGCAGAAGAAGAGUUCCAGGAAGCAUUAAAAAAUGCCCCGGUGGAUGCUGAAGGGAAAGUGAACCUGGAAGAAUUUAUGAAACAGGUGAGAAAGAGCCAACAACAUCGUCAGAGCGAAGAAGAAAUUUCUGUUCUGGAUCUUGGAUCCAUUCUGGCUCGCAAGGGCUUCUUUUUGAGUGACAAAGAGCUCCAGGAAGUCUUGGCGAAUGUGGAUGUGAAUGAGGAUGGAACUGUAAACCUCAGUGAAUGUCUCAAAGAAAUCCAAGCGCUCCGAGGGUUGUCAUCAACCAAGAAAAGGGUUGCUAUCGAAAACUUGGAGGAAGUCUUGGAUGAAAUGGGCAUCCAGUUGACCAACAAGCAGCUGUAUGAGGCGUUGAAAUGUACUCCGAUUGAUGCGGAUGGGACGGUGGACGUGGAAACCUUUAAGAGAGGGGUGCAUUCGGUCUUGUCAAGCCAGCAGACUGGCAAAAUGGUGGAUGUCAGCAAACUGGAUUCUAUCCUGGGUGCUAUGGGGCUUCGCUUAACUCAGAUGGAAGUUCAGGAGGCUAUCAAAAGGACAAUCAAUAAGGAUGGUACUGUGAAUAUGAAAGACUUCAUGUGGGCCAUUCAAGACCUCCCCAGUAUUCAGGAUGAAAAAGUGGAUAUUAGCGACCUGGACACUGUCCUAGGUGGCAUGGGAAUCUUCUUAACGCAGGAAGAACUGGAGGAAGCGCAGAAGAUUGCAAUGAUGAAUGAGGACGGGACGGUGAAUUUGAAAGAGUUUGUAAGGGCUUGCAAUGUCACUCUAGCCCGCUCUGAGAUGGAGGGAACUUAUGUGGGUAAAAAGUUACAUGCAAAGUCCAUCAGGUUUCCAAAGGUGACAGAGAGGCACCACCAAGAAGCACCAAGCAGAAUUCAGUUUUCUGAGGCUCCCAGUGACAUGGGCAAAUCCAGAGCAGCAAGGAACCUGACCAAACCACAACUGGAAGCAUUCCGCAAUGCUUACGAUUCCUUCAGCAAGGACUUUGAUGGAACCAUUGAUCUUGGAGCCCUGCAGAGCACGGCCUAUAACCUGGGAAUCAACUUAACCGAGGAGGAAGCCUUUGACGAGCUGGUGUACGCAGACACAGAUAGAGAUGGAAAGGUGAAUUUCACAGACUUCCUUAACAUCAUCACAGACAGCAACCGCUUCAUCCAGGCCGUAGCCCCCAGGAAAGGUGACAUGGAGACUGUUGACGCCCGAGGGAUCUUGUUAUUUGAGCUUUUGUCAAAGCUUGUGGAGACUUCUAUGCUGCCAAGGAAAACUACUGUUAAUAUUGUCAGCUACUACCGGCAAAAGUUCCUGGAAUCUACUGGCAAGAAAGCUUGGCGCUCCGAUAGCAUUACUGAGGGCAAGUCUGCUCAGAAGAAAGGUCCCAUGAAAAAAUCCAAAUCCACUUCCCUGUCUGCUUUUGCUGGUGCUGCCCGUAUCUGCGUCAUGAAAGACAAGGAGUUGGAGGAGUAUGUGGAACAGCUCCGAGAAAAAAUUGCCCCAUCAGAGAGCCCCUAUUCUCAGGUGCCCAUCUUCCCCUUGAUCCCUAACCAAGAUGGCCUGACGUCGGGAAGGCCAAAGAAGAACCUCCAGAAGCUGGAGCAGCUGAGGAGGCAAGAGCCCCUCUCCUCUUUUGAGGACCACUUCUUCCAUAAGAAAAGAUGGCUAAAGCAAGAGCCUAAAUCCAACAAGCCCAAAAAUCUUUCCCUCACUCUCACACCACAUCUGACACAGGGAAAGCGGCGUUUUACUUUCGACAAUCUGGAAGAGAUCCGACGGGAGGUGAAGAAAGCAACAGACGCCUACCGGAUGGCAAUCGCUCUCCGCGAGCGCAACAAGUCCCUGAAACUCUGGAAGAGAGUGCGCGGCGCAGAGAUUGGGCUGGACUCGGGGAACCCCAGCUUCUACCAGACCUUCUCCACGUACUCCUGGUCGUGGAACGUCUGCCAGGAACUACUGACGCCCCGAGAACUCCGAGAAUACGACAGGAAAACGUAUCAGGACAGCUGCCGGUCAUCCGCUGCCGGGGAAAAGCUGAUCAAGGCAGGCGGGAGGCAUAAAGGAAGCAAGAAGUAGCCCCCCCCCCCCGAUGUUGCUUACUGUGGCAUCCUCCUCUUCACCGGAGGGCGCUCCAUAGGAUGAUCUCGGGCUGGCAUCCGGGACGCAACUCCCAUGUUGGGAAAUGCAGGGCUUCACCUUUGUACACUGGCAAAAUACAGUGAGAAAUUAAGGUAGAAAAGGCAAA